CCUAGGAUUUCCCACGCCACAGGAAUAUAUGUUAAAAACGAAUGCUAGACUGCUUGUCGGGGAGUCGACGGUGAGUCCGAGUCUGUAAAUCGAAGAGCCCCACUGUUUCACCUCAUCGAUUGAGCGUUUUUCUAUGUGCGCAGGUACCUCUCCUCAGGGAGUGCAAUCUAGCAGAUUGCAAUGAAUUUCAGAGUUGCGCCGUCAACAUGUCGUGUCGUCAUUCACCACACCUGCAAAGUUCUCUGGCGGCACUUACAGUCGCUGUACCUACCUGUGAGUAUGGCUGGCCUUAUUUUUGUUUAUACUCUUUUUUGUGAAGCGAACCAAAGGUGUAACAGGUAUUAAGGGCGUUAAAUACUCAGCAGUGAAGUUAUUUCAGUUUAAGCGAUGUCAUGCAUUGCAACCUGUUCAAAAUGCACUGCUUUUUUGUUUGUGUAACCUAGGAGCCAGGACUUGCCCAAUGGCAAAACAUCGCCGAGAAAUUCAGCAGGCGCUGGAAUUUCCCCAAUCGCAUCGGGGCAGUCGAUGGCAAGCACAUCCAAAUUAAGGCGGCACCAAACUCUGGCAGCAGAUAUUUUAACUACAAGGUAUAGUAUUCACAGUGUCUUUUUUUUUUUUUUUGCAACGAACUGGUCUGUGCUGAUUCUAAUAACGUGAAUGACUUUUUACAUACUCCAGGGCACAUUCUCUAUCGUGUUGAUGGCGAUUGUUGACGCCAGAUACCGCUUCAUCAUGGUCGACGUUGGGGCUGCAGGCCGGCACAGUGACGGGGGAGUGUUCAAGGCAAGUUCAUUCGGAAGGCAGCUUGCAAAUGAAGACCUGAACCUCCCAGUACCAGCACGUCUUCCAAACAGCAACAACGUUGCACCUCACGUGUUUGUUGGGGACGAGGCAUACCAGCUUCGACCUGAUUUCCUGCUUCCGUACCCAGGAAAACACGUGACGCCGACCCAGAGGGUCUUCAACUACAGGCUCAGCAGAGCAAGGCGCAUCGUCGAAAAUGCUUUUGGCAUUCUGGCUGCACGAUGGAGAGUUCUACUUGGCCGCAUCAACCUACUGCCCGACAAUGCAACUUAUGUUGUCCUGGCGUGCUGUGUGCUCCACAACUUUCUGUGUGCGGCAAGUGAGGCAACGUACUGUCCGCCAGGCUAUGCAGACGUGGAGAACGACUAUGGCAACAUUGUUCCAGCUCAAUGGAGGACUGAAAUCCAGAGGAGCGACUUGCUUGACUUGGAAGCAACACCGUCAAGGAACUAUAGUGCGAGUGCUGCGGCAACAAGAAACAUGUUCGCGCAGUACUUCAUGAAUGAAGGUGCUGUGACGUGGCAGUGGGCGCAUACUGGCCUCCCGCCACCUCAAAAAACUUAG